AUGGUUGACGAAAUUCAAAAGAUUAAAAAGGAAAUAGCUUUAAACAAUGUAAUAAUAUUUAUUGGUAAAGGCGUAUCUAUUUAUACGACGAAUGGUGAACAAGAAUUUUCUCAUUGGAAAGGAUUAGUAUACGAUGGACUUCAGCAAUGUCAUGACUCAAGUUGGAUUAGUGACGAAGAAUUUGAAAAUUUCUUUAUUAAAUUUAAGAGUAACACAGCAGAAGUUGAAGAUUAUUUACAUGCCACCGAUCGAAUUAAAUGUUGUUUGAAAAAAGGAGGCGAUGCUUAUAAACUAUGGUUGAGAGACACACUAGGAAAGUUAUUAGUUAAAAGAGCGGAACUUAUUGAAGCUAUAGGAGAAUUAGGAUGUCCUAUUUUAACAACUAACUAUGAUGCACUUCUUGCAGAAAUACUUAAUAAGAAGCCACUAACUUGGAAUAAAUAUUAUAUUGAAGAUAUUGAUAAUUCAUUAGACGUUCUCAAAAAUUAUAUUUUACAUAUACAUAGAUAUUUUGAAGAAUCUGAUACUGUCAUUUUUAGUAGUGAUGAUUAUAAUCAAAUGCCCAAAAAAACAUUAGGACUAUCAAAUUUAGGAGCACUUAUGGAAAGAAAAACAUUGUUAUUAAUUGGAUAUGGUGCUGACAUGUCAGAUUCAAAUUUUUCGAAUUUAUUGAAAUGGCUAUACCGUUUAACAAAUCACAAAUCAUUAUCAAUUUAUAAACUUGUUACAUCAAAUACAAAUAAAAUUUUUAAUAAAACAUCAGAUAUUUCAUUUUUAGAGAAUAUCAAAGAGCUUCCAUAUGGUUAUACUUUACGAGAUUUAUUAUAUUUUAUAAAAAAUCUCAAAUCAUUUACACCAUUAAUACAUGAAAAUUUAUCAUUUACAGAUAAACAAGAAAUUGUUCGAAAAAAAUAUUUGAAUUAUCUUAUUAAUGAAUAUGGAUAUGUAUCAAUUUUUGGAUAUUCUAAUAGUAAUAUAAGUUUACCUUUACAAAGUGUUUAUGUUGAAUUAAAAUUUGAUCCAACACAUCCAUCUAUUAAAGCAAUGAAAACACUUGAAAUUAGUGAAGAAUUUAAACGUAAACUUACAUCUUCUAGUUUUUUCAACCAAAAUGAAAGAAAAAAAUCGAAUAGAGCUAUUUUAGAAAAAAAUAUAUGUAGUCAUGAAACGAUUUAUCGAGAUUUUAUGAUGGAUCAAUGGUUAAAUGUUUUUUUAAAUAAUAAAAAUAUAUUUACUGAAGAUGAAGCAAUAGCCAUUCAAAAUAAAGUAAAUCAACUAAAACAAACAUUUAAUGAAUUUAAACAUUUUAUAAUUCUUGAUCAUCCUGGUUCAGGCAAGACAACAUUAUCAAAAUGGUUAGUUACAAAUAUGACUAAACAAUGUUUAGGUGAAAACAAUUUAUUAUUUGAUAAUACAAAUGAUAAUAAAGAGAAAAUACCAAUUCUUAUUCCAAUAUGGAAAUAUGUUGAUCAAUUAAAAGAAAAUCAACAAAAGAAAAGUUUACUUGAAUUUAUUUAUGAAAAUUCUACGUUUAAUUCAACUUGUUUUUAA